AUGGCGGAGCUAGUGGAGACUCCGCGCGUGCGGCUCGUGGUGGCGGGCGCCUCGGGCGUGGGCGGCGCCCAGGCGGUCGGCGACGCGGCCUUCGACCCCUACUGCCAGGCGCAGUGCGGUGACGUAGUGCUGCGUACAGCUGCUCAGGCCAAGGCGACGGCGCCAGAAUGGGCGCAGAACUUCACAUUUGGCGUCAAGAAGCCGCUGGGCGACGCCGUCAACUUCAAGGUCUUCGGACUCAACGCUCGCGGCCGGGACGUGCUGCUUGGCAGCGCCUCGCUGCAGAUCGAUGCUUUGGCCCCCGACACGCCCACAACGCACAAGCUGCCGCUGAUAGACUCUGCCGGGAAGAGUUGCGGGGAACUGACAGUGGAGGCGACAUACGAGCCCAAGUUCAUGGCGCCGCCGCGGAAAGAGGACAGUGGAACGUCCAAGAAGAAGCCGGCAUCGCCGAAGAAGCUUGCGGCUCCAACCUCACCCAAGAGCAGCCAAUCGCCAAAGCCGCCAAAUUUCUAUGUGGUGACGAUUCUGGAAGCAACUGGGCUGCUUGCGUGCGAUGGCACGGGCAUUGAAGCUACGAGCGACCCGUAUGUGCGCAUUUCGUGCUCGAAGAACCAGUCGCAGAGGACGAAAACGCAGCAGCAGACGCUGCAUCCGUCGUGGCGUCAGAGGUUUUAUUUUACGAUCGUGCCCGAAGAAAAGCAGCUUCUGGAGCUGACGGUUGAAGAUAGCGAUCUGCUCACGAGCGAUUUCAUGGGGCGAUGCGUCAUCGACCUGGAUGAGUUCACAAAGCGCUUCCAAGGAGAGAAGCAGGCCUUCUGGUUGGCAUUGGAGCAACAACCAGAGUCGAAGGAACAGGAUGGUCCGAGUGACUUGAGUCCACAGCGGAAGAUGAAUUAUGGCAAUGGCAAGAUCUGUCUGGCUAUUGAACUGCAGUACCUGGACAGGGACAUCGGUAGCCUGGAGCAAGGAGAGAUUGACAACGUCACUGAGGUUCCAAGUGGCCGCGGCCUGCGGCACCAAGGCAGCUCCGAUGCGCCUGAAGAAGACGAAGGUGAGAAUGGUGGCAACUACGGUGAAGAAGCGAAUGAAGACCCCAACGAAGGCGGCGAUGAUGACGAUGCCGAUGCAAGAAGGGAGGAGGCCGAAGCGCAGCGAAAGCAGCGAGAAGAAGAGCGGCAAAAAAUGCUGGCUGAACUCUCAAGCGUGCAGUUUCAAUCAGGAGAUUAUCAGGUUCGGGUCCGAAUCAUUGAAGUGCGUGACUUGCAGCCGAUGGACGCCAAUGGUCUCUGCGACCCUGUUGUGUCGGUCGAGUGCAUUGGUCAGCGCCAGCACACGGUCGUCAAGCAGAAGCAGCUGUCGUGUGUGUUUGAUGAAUACCUCUACUUCAACUUCCGAAAGAUAGACAAAGAUACCGUACAGCAAGGAAGCAUCAAGAUUUCGGUAUUCGACGCUGAUGGACCUGGUACAUCUGCGAAUCGGUCAGCUGCUUCUCGCGCGUUUGAUGAUCUCGUUGGCUUCUUUUCUGUGGACAUCCCGUAUGUGUACUUCCAGCCCGACCAUGAAUUGAAACGGAAGUGGGUAGCCUUAGUCGGCAGCGGGACAACCAACAGCGACAGCAUUCAAGGCUACGUCCUACUUUCGCUUGUCGUCUUGGGGCCAAACGACAAAAUGAAGCUGUAUGACCCUGCCGAAGACAAAGAUCCAGACGAGCACUCAGUAAAGUCAAAGGCGGACAUUAACUCAAUGGUGCUGGUUCCGCCGCGUGUAACUCAAAAGUUGAGCUUCUUGGUGAUCACGAUUUAUCGAGCUGAAGAGCUGCCAGACAUGGACUAUAGUAUGAUGAUGCAUGGCGGCAUUGACGGGUAUGUUCGAGCAUACUUCGCAGGCCAGGAUGUGCUGGAAACGAAAAAGGUGACGGUGAAGGGCAGUGAAAAUCUUACAGUGGCGUUCAACCAGGAAUUGUGGUUCCCCGUCCUUUUGCCAACAAUGAGCGAUAACAUCUUCCUGUCGGUGUGGGAUUGGGAUAUGACCGCCGACCAGCUCGUCGCCAACACUUUGAAGCCGUUCUCCUUCAAGCAAGUGUUAAACUACCCCAACCAAUUCAAGCACGUUUGGGCCAACUUGUACGGGCCGCCGGUGGGAUACGAUACUGAAUCGAGUGCGCUGCAGCUGAUGCAGAAGCACCCUGCACAUGCCAGCACGUAUCGCGGGCGUCUCUUGAUGUCGCUUCGUGUUGAAGAUGGUCUACAGUCCGUGAAUGAUGAAGCGCACGUCCGGAAUCUAUUGAACACGUCCGUCAUGCCUAGGACGAGGAGAUACACGCUGCGAGCGGCACUCUUUUAUGGAACGGAAAUCCCUGUUUUCACCAGCAAAACGAAUUGGAACCGAAAUACGCGAAUGUCACUGAAGAUUUCAGUGGGCCGUCACAGCGUUGAAAGUUCGCGGGCGCACAACGUCUCUGGGAUUUGCCACUUCAACCAAUAUCUUGACGCCGUUGGCGUGGAGCUCCCUGCAGACCUUGAUCAAGUCCCUGACGUGUUUGUACACCUCAUUCACCAGACAAUGAAUGAGUCCCGUUGCAUCUGUUUCGCUCGCUUUAAAGCUCAAGAUCUCUUCUGCCAAGACGCCGAUGCGCUAAAGGCCAUCCCACCGCCACAGUGGGUUGUCCUUAACGAAGACAAGGUUCUGGACGAGCUGAAGGACCAUGAUUUUACUGGCAACAUCCUGAUGAAUCUUCGCCUGGAAGAAUCCGAGCACAGAGAGCGCCCCGAGGAGGAAAUUGCGCAGCAGUGGCGCCAGCAUGCGAACACGACGGUGCAGUACAUGAAAUACGUGCUUUUCGUCCACGUUUUCCAAGGAAAGUGCCUACCAUCUGCCGACUUCGACGGCCUGUUAGAUCCUUACGUGAAGGUGGCUUGCGUUGGAUCCGAGGGCCAAGUCAGUACACGGAUGUCAACGCGAGACCCUUGCUUUUAUGAGACGGUUGUGCUCGACGUUGAAUUGCCGCAGAACGAGCAGUUCCUACCUAAGGUAUCCUUGCAGGUGUUCGACUGGGAUCGCUACGACGCAGAUGACUACGUCGGUGGGCUAAAGUUCAGCUUGGGAGACUUCCCGCAGAUGUCAUCCUCGGAGUAUUCCAAGAUCCGAGCCAGCGGUGAGUACUCGGCACCUCGCCCGAAGUGGUAUCCUAUCUGCUACGAGAAACCGGGCGAUACGCAAGGUGAGCUGUUGCUGUCGUUUGAUCUCAUCAAGAAGGACACACCGGGUGUCAUCGUGGAGCCUCCUGAGUCGAUUCGACCGCCUGCUGAAGAGGCUUUCGUUGAAAUUAUGUGUUUGGGGUGCCGCGGGCUGCAACCGACGGGGUUUAUGCCCAUUAACACACCGUUCGCGAAGUUUGAAAUCGGUGAAAUCACCAAGACAAACCAACCGAAGUUCACGAACCCCUCUUCGAAACCCAGCAGCCGCAAUCCGAACUUCUUGCAGCGGAUUGUCGUUCCGGUGAAGAUGCCACUGGACUCGCUGUUUGCGCCGAGACUUAACAUUACGGUGUACGAUCAGUUACUUGGCGGCUUCUACAAGCCAGUAAUCGGUGUCUGCGCGGUGGAUCUAAGCCGAAAGAUGCCGUUGUCGAAUGGAGAGCCAAACCCGUUGUACAUCGAGGAAUCUAGCAAGCCGAUCAUUCGAGAGAGCAACCCGUACGUUGAUUAUGGCGACGAUCUUUCCACGUUCCCCGGCACACCAAACACAAUUCGCAUCGGUGGAAUCUGUUCAUCGGGCAGCUUCGGUAUGUACGACGACGACGAAGAUGAGUUGCCCCAUUACAUGCACCAGCGUGAGAUCGUCGAUGGCGAGCUGGAAGACACGCUCAAAUCUCCAUUCGAGACCUAUACCCUUUUCCGCGGGUCGAUGUCCUCGAAUAGCGGGUGUGAAUCAAGCGAACACGCUUCGGACACCUACCGCCCAGUCGGAAAGUUUAAAGGCAUUGUCCGCGUUCUGAAAUCACGCGACGAUCCACCUCUUUUCGAUUUGGAUCAGUUCCUCAACCCGCAGCCGUACCUAGUUCGAGUAUAUGUGCUAGAUGCACUAAACUUGCACCCGAAAGAUGCCAACAACAGAUGCGACCCAUACCUACGUGUGAGCCUCGGAGAUGGACGACGUCGCGAGCAAAUGUUCAACGACCGUGAGAAUUACCGGCCCGAGACCCUGACGCCCAAAUUUCACAAAAUGUACGAGUUCAAGGCAGACCUUCCCGGCGCAUCGGAACUAAAGCUGGAGGUUCUGGACUACGAUUUUUUCGCGAUUCCCACACUCCCGGCCGGAUUAAGUAAAGCGCUGAGCACUGCAGUUGGGACUACUGUGGACGACGAUGACUUCGUUGGUGCUACGCUCAUCGAUUUGGAAGACAGGUGGUUCGACGCAAAGUGGCAAGAGCUUGGUCUUUCGCCAGAACGGGCCGAACGGCGCAAGCCACUGGAGGUUCGGCCACUGUUUGCCCCUUCAAGUACACUUCCACAAGGAAGCCUCCGUAUGUGGGUAGAUAUCCUCACGGGAGCGGAAAUGAAUGUCGUAAGGCCGCUGGAUAUUUCGCUGCCUCCACCUCAGAUGUUUGAAGUGCGCGUUAUCAUCUACAAGGCGAAGAAUGUUACCCCCGGGGAUUUCACGGAUCUGAGCGACCUGCUUGUGAAAUGCUGGCUUCAAAAUCGGGAUGACAAGUCUCAGAGUACGGACACGCACUGGCGGGCGAGGAACGGACGCGCCUCAUUCAACUGGCGCAUGAAGUUUGAUGUCGAGCUGCCGCUAGACCCGGAGAAGGAGGCGGAUCGCGGCUACCUCCACUUCCAAAUGUGGGACCGAGACGUCGUGUAUGACGACUGUCUUGCAGAUGCAGUGGUUGACCUAACGUCGUUCCUCAAGACGGCGUUCAAAACAAAACAGGCGGUGAAUGUCUUCGCAAAGCCAAAGCCUAUCCGCAUCCGAGGCACCGAAAGUAUGCCAUACGAAGGGGCUUCGAGACGCUCAGGGUAUUCCUCUACGGAAGAUGCUACUUCAGCCGCUCGUCAACGACCGCCGCAUUCUGGAGAGGUGGUUAUCAACAUCAAAGAGGAAGAAAGAGGGGACAGAAAGCCUUUACUUUCUGCGGAUGUUGCUGACAUUGACGAUGCCGAUGAGACGGAGCCAGAGGACGUGGACGCUGACAUGGAAAAUGCUGAGUCUCUCGUCAAGUCGUUUAUGCAUCGUCUAGGCAUGGGCGAUGACCCCGAAGAUGCUAGCUGGCUUACGAUGACGACUCGAGACUCGCGCACUGGUGACCGUGUGCGUGCUGGCGAGCUGCUAGUAUCAGUGGAGAUUCUUCCUAAGCACCUAGCGGAGGUCCGAUCCGCUGGCCUGGGGCGAGGCGAGCCGAACAAUUUCCCGUUCCUGCCUGAGCCCGCCGACCGCCUUCACCUUUCGGCCAUGUGGAACCCGUGCUACGUGCUAGAAGCACUCAUUGGCCCCAAGUACUACCGCGCCUUUGCGUCGUUCUUCCUGUGCACAGUGUUCAUGAUGCUUGUGCUGUUUGCGGGACCGCUGAUCAACGUCCUCCUGACGCUGUUUGAGCUGGUGCCGCAGCCGUUCGGGCUCAUUUUCUUUUUCCUGGUGCUGGCGCUGCUCAUGGGCACCCUCGUCUACCUGCUGUACCGCUGCCGACGUGCAAUCAUCCGCGUCUCGGGCGGUGGCGACUUCAAUUCGUCAACGAGGACCAAGAGUAAGCGCAAGGCUCGCCGUGCGCUGCGCUAA